UAUUUUUCGCAUUUCCGACAUAUUAAACAGUGUUUAGUUAAUUAAUUACCCAAUUAAUUCUAUAAAAAUUCACGUUUAAAAAGUAUAUAUCUGUGUUAGAAAGGUCGAGUCUAAAGAUUAAAAGUGAACGAGUAUAAUUAAACUAAGUGUAAAUUUACUUAUGAUUAAAUCUUUGUAUCUCUUAUCUUAAAUGAAAAAAGUAUGAAUAUUUUAUAAGAAAACAAACUACACUCCUUUAUAAAAGGGGAAGGAAGUGUUUCACCGUCCAUACUUUUAGGGGGAGAAAAAAUGAAGUGGUUGCAACCAGUCACGCUAUUGACGUCACAGUUCUCCUACCCAAUUCCAAGCGAGUCACAUGACACAGGCGGAGUCAGCGGAGUUAAGUAUAAAGUACAAACGAGUGGUGAAUGAAAGGUUGUAGUGGGGUUGCCAGCUUCGAAAUGCCUUCUAGAGUAUACAACGAAGCUUAUAACAUGAACUAUAAUUAUCAAUUAGUAAAUUUGGAUGAGUUCUUGAGCCGAAUCCGUGAAAACAAUUCGCAACUGUUGAUCGUGGAUUGUAGGUUACCCAACGAUUACCACGAAUUACACGUCAGAGGAGCCAUCAACGUUACAAUACCACCUUCGACUUUGGUGAUGAGGAGGCUGGCCAAUGGUCAACUGUGUCUGAAAAGUAUCAUUAAGGACACGGAAAGUCGAGAUAAGUUUGCGAAAUUUUGGAAAUCCGGAAUCGUUGUGUUGUACGACGGGGGUGGAGACUAUCAAUGGAACGAAACUAGUGUGAUUUCAACCCUUUAUAAAAGGUUGCAGAAGGAUGGCUACAGGACAUACUGUUUACAAGGAAGCUUUAAUGAUUUCAAGCGCACGUAUCCGGAAUGGUGCGAAAAUCGAAGGAGGCCCAUAGAACCUUCGUUAUUGGGAUUAGAGAAUCUUUGCAUCACCACCGUAACAGAUACUAAUCGUAACUACUCGGAUAACUCGACUAAAGAUCUUCCAUUCCCGAUCGAGAUAAUACCUUGGUUGUUUUUGGGCAACGCCGACAAUUCUACGGAUUUAGACGCUUUAAAAAAGUAUAAAAUUCGUUACAUCCUCAACGUUACGCCCAAUCUACCCAACACUUUUCAACAGGACGAUUUGGGUAUCAAAUACAUGCAGAUACCCAUACAGGACGAUUGGUCUCAGAAGAUUUCGCAGUUUUUUACGGAUGCCAUAGCAUUUAUCGACGAGGGUCGAGAUCGCAAUCAAGGAGUUCUGGUGCACUGUUUAGCGGGCAUAAGCCGCUCUGUUACUAUAACACUAGCUUACUUGAUGCACACGCUUAACCUAUCGCUCAACGACGCUUACGACUUAGUUAAGAAGAGAAAGAACAACAUAUCGCCGAAUUUUAACUUCAUGGAGCAAUUAGUAGACUUCGAAAGACAAUUAAACAUCACCUGUGCCCACGUGGGGGAGUGUAAAUGCAAAACGAUACACACUACAAACGGUUCUACGCCCGAUUCUGGUAUCCAGAUCGAUGAAUGGGACUGAAGUUUUACGUUCUAAAUCACAAAAUCCAGACCUAGUUUGUGUUUUAAUCAAAUAAAAAAAAACUCUUAGGUGUUUUUAGAGGUUCCCUAAUAUAGUUCUUAUCUAUUAACACAAUAGAGGUGCUAGAUUUGUAGGUGGAAAAACAAUACAAACAUUCCAUUCGAGUAUAGGGAAUCAAAGAAAGUAUCUUAUUAUUAUUUUUUAAAAUGAUGAUGAUAAAUAAAAGAAAGUAAUGUUUAUAUCAAAUUUCAUUGUUUUAUCUUCUAGUCAAUGUUAUUUAAAGCGCUAAACUCCUUUUAACUAUCCGAUAGCGUACUAUCGCUGCACGUGAUAGGUUACAUUCAUUUAGUAACACUGUCGAGUGAGUAAUGCGGCUUUUUACUGUUUCAAGGUUGGUGAAGGAAUGAAAAUUCUGAUUUUUUUAUUUUACUUCGUGUCGCGUCUCGUGAUUAACUGGCGAAGGUUAGUUUACGUGGUUUGUUAUACUUGGAGCGUUUCCAUUUUAAAUGGGCGGAUGGGAACAAAGCCAGUCGUAAACAGAAAUAGUAAUUCCCCGUUUAAAAAUUUAUUGGCUGUGUUUUUAGGUUGUUUUCACUAUUUAAAAUCUUUAUAUUUAGACUUUUCGUGCGUUCGGCGGCGUUUACGAUGGAAACAUCGCGUAUAAUGCGCAAAAAAAGUUUUAGUUGUGUAAAUAUACGACAGGUGGCGGAGUGAAGAAAUCUGUUUCGGUAACGUCGCGCUAGGACUUUUAACCUUUUGCCAAGUGUAUCGCCAAUCGAUUUUAUUUUCCUUGGGCUUUAUCAAUUCUAAGAGGGAUAUUUAUCAAUAAAAAUUAAUAUUGUCAGGAAUUUUAUUGUUAUAAAAAUGUAUAAUCUCUUAUCCUGGUAACAUGAUUUCUAACAAUUUACCUGUUUUUAGUGUGAAACCCGAGCAACAACCUCCUGUCGUAACGCAGUUGAAGCAUUCCUUUGCCUGAACUGUAUGAUAUUACUCGAAAUUUUAAAUUCAGUUAAUGGCUCGGGAUUUAAUUACAGCUAAACCUCUCGACGGCGGACACUGACGGAAAUAUUAAAAAUAGCAUUGUUUGGAGGUUCAUUUCAAGUUUUAGCAUUUUUUUCGUAGAUGAUAAUCCAUCAUCGUGAAUUUUAGAACCAUUUUUUGUAUUUUUACAGCACAAGAUAUAUAUUAAUAUUUCAGUUGAUUAUAGACUCAAAACAUUGUUGUAAGUAAAGAGGAGUCGAAGUAAAAAUUGUGAUCUGUAACGUAGAUAUCCGGAACUACAACUGACAGUAUAACUGCUGUAAAUUGUCUGUAAUUAAAGUGAUUAUAGACAGUUGUUAUAGUUGCUCGUGGCGUCUAAUAUGUUGCUAUGGUCACGGCGGAUUUGCGGGAGACGGAAGCGGCAUUCCCCAGCGCUUAUGGGAAAAAUUAUUGAAUUUUGAGUCUGGGUGCAUAUAUCAUAGAUAUGCGAAUAAUGGGUAAUUACA